GUUUCAAUGAAACUCAUAAUAAUUCUUUGCAUUAUUUUUUUAUUCGCUAAUGUUUUUGCUGUUCGAGUUGGUGGAAGACGUCCAGCUGGAAGAGGAUCGCUGUUGGAUGAAGCCCUAAGACAGCGGAACAGUGGAGGUUUUAGAAAUCCCCGUUCAAUCAACAGGAGAAAUAAUCUUCCUAUAAUACGUGGAGUGACUUCAUCAUUCUCCAAAAGGAAUCAAACUCCGAUGGUUCGUGGAAAGCGAUCACUUCUUCCCAUAAAUCGGCGUCCAGCUCAUUGAUAAACACUCCAAGCUCCAGGCAUUAAUAAUUAAUUGAUAUUCAAAUCAUUUUUCUUCUUCUCGUUUCAACUAAUAAAUCUGUUUGCCACCAA